AUUACGAGCAAUCGUAAAUCGUUGAAAUCAAUUGUAAUUUUUUUCGCCGUGUUAAAUUUUUGUUACAAUGAAAUAAUUGUAUGUAAAUGCGAUGUUUAUUUCGACGAGAAAUUCGACGGUCGUUAUCCGUAUUGUGCUUCCACGGUGACACAAAGCGAAAAUAACGUUGGAUUCAAUACGAUUAAUCAAUUGUCAAUCGAACGGUACCUACUGGAACCCGGUUAUAUCGAGGUAAGUAGGCAUUUUUCGGUCAAACAUUUUCAAUAAGUCAUUCACCGUUUGAUCUUAAUAAUUUUAAUUCUGUUCGUUCAAUAUAACUCAAUUGAUAAUAUUGUUUCACCGUGUUCUACCGCAUUCGAUUUUUUUAUUUUUUUUUUUUACGGUUUUGAUUUUUGUCAAACGUUACUCAGUUAAUAAUUGUCAAGUACGAGCGCUAACGCCAGUUUAGAACGUGAUAGUAAUUUGUGUUUGAACGUAAUUUGUCACGCCAGUUAGUAGGUAUAUCGACUCAUAGAUUAUGGGCGACGUAUUUAACCGCUAUUGCCAAGGUACCCCCAUUUGCCGAAUAUUUGUGUUUUUUUGUGUACUGCACUAUUACUAUGUGUACUGGUCAUAGAAUAAUAUAUGUAUAUUUUAGAACACGAAUAAAAUCAUUGCACUAAUAGGUACCCGUGUGAAUGUUUUCUUAUUACACGAUAAGUCUGAUAUUCUCUGUACAAUGUACAAGCGUAUGGGUGUAUCAAUACCUAAGUAUUAAAUGUUGAAUUACCCGUCUACCUACCUCAAAUAUAAAAGAUACACGAUGAGUUAUAUGUUUUGGGUAGAAGAACGAGCGACCGUUACCUUUUGCACUCGAUCAAACCAGUACUCUUAAUAUAUAUUCAUCUACCUUAUAGGGGGAUUAAUGUUAAAAUUAUUAUACUGGGUAUACAAUUUUAAUUAUGUGCGUUCUAUAUUUAAUAAUAAAUUACUGAGAGAGUUUUGGUAUUAUGUGAUUAAGGGCCAUUUUUAAAAUGUAGUUUUAGUGUUUAUCGUCUGUUUACUGAUAGCAUUUUGACUGUUCGAGACAAAAAUAAUUGAUGGGUAAUGCUAGCAAACACUACAGAAAAUUGUAAGACCAGUUAAACGUUAAAUGAAUUUAAUAGUUAGGUAUUUAAAGUGAAUAUUUUUCUGGGUGGGGGGGGGGGUUAAAUUCUGCACGCCUAAAUAUAGUGAACAUAUAAAUUAUAAUUAAGAUAUCACAAUAUUAAUUAGGUACUAUCUAAAUCAAUAUUAAUUGUAUUUGUUCAAAAAUAAUCAUGUUUACUAUAAUUUCAUGAUUGGUUGGUUAAUCGAAUAAUCAAAUAAUCAUAAUUUGGAGAAUUAUAUAAUUUAUAAUUUACUAAAUACUGAUUUGUAAAAUUUUGAAUACGUGCACAUGUAUUAGGUACCUACCUACCUAAUACAUGGUAUUAAGAGAGGUACCUCUCAUUAACAACAUCGUUUUGUAAACUCAAAUUUUGUUGUGUUUUCAACAAUAAAUAUAUUAGCUAAUUUAUCAUUGUAAUACAAAAUCAUACAAUAUAUUUAGUUUAUGAAAAAUCUUUACUUUUUAUUUAAAAACCAAUGUUUAACAGGUUUAAUUUUCAGUUUAGUUAUUCAAUAAUACAAUAAUUCAUCGUUCUUUUAGUAUAAAUAUAGUCAUUAAAUCAUUAAAUUCUUAAAAUUUAAAAUAAUAACCAGUAGGUUAUUUCUUACCUACCUCCUUAAAUUAAAUAAGUUUUAAAAAUUGUAUUUUCUUAUAGAAAGGUUUUAUAUUAUACUUACUUAUAUUAUUGAUGAAUAAUUUUUUUUUUUUAAUGUAAUUCUUUUAUUAAAUUACCAAAUUGUAUGAUAUAAAAUAAUAAAUAGGUAUGAAAGAUAAUUAACAAUAAUGAAUCUAAAUUGUAGAUAAGAACAUGUUCCGAGAACAAAAUUAAAAAAAAAAAAUAAAGCCACUGUUGAAAUUUAUCAUAAAUUCAAAUGUAAAAUAAUUAUAAAACAAUAGUAUACUAAACAUUUUCUGCGCCAUGUUAAAACUAUUAAUUUUUUUCAAAUUUUCCUAACCUAACCCUGAAUUAUAAACCACUGAUUUUUUAUAAUAUUAUGUCACCAUUUAAACAACUUAUUAAGUACUUAUAAGGUUUGUAUUAAAUAAUAAUUAUAUAUAUUUUAAAUAAAACCAAAAAAAAAAAGACCAAAGUAUCUAAUACAUUCCUUUCUUUGUUUAAAAUCUGUAAUUGAAGUGAACACCUUAUCUGCUGUGUUAUACUAAAUUGUUGGUGUUUACCGAUUUACACGUCAUCGUUCAUUAUAAUAAGGUAAAUUCGUCACAUAUGGCCAACUUUUUUCUUUUAAUAUUGUAUUUAUUUUAUCUAAGGUUAGUGAAUAAAAUUCAAAACUAAACAUAUACAUUAUAAAUGUCAUCUUAAAAUUCUUGAGAACAUUAUGGAAUGAAAAAUUAGUUUUAAUAUUUUUAAAUUGCAUUUUCUCAUUCUUUGGCCAUUCUACGCUAUCUAUGUUUUUGUAAUAAUUGAUAUCAUCCAAUUAAUUAAUGUAAAUUAAUAUAACAAUAACCAUAAUGCUUAUCAAAUUACACAAUUAUAUUACCUAUUUUAUUUUUUUAAACAAAUGAGUGGCCAUACCUGGUGGUAUUAUAGCCUUCAACUUUUCCAGAUUUGAAACCAUAUUACAUCUACGGAUGCAGUUGUAAAUGGGUUUUUAUUCUUAUGAGUAUUUAUAAUUCAGCCUGUCUGUCCAUUUUUUUAUAUAUAUUUUAGAAUUAUAUUUAACACAAAUAUUUUAAAUAGGUAUUAAAAAUAUUUGAACCGACCAUUUGGUAUGUCAUAGAAUGAUCUAAGCUUAUUUCAUUUGAUUGUUUUCUGUUGUGCACUAUUAAUCAUUAGGUCCUUCACUAACAAUUUCCUAUAAAUACAAGAUUUAUAUGUUAUAGGACUCUGCUGUUAUAAAAUUAGUGAUGUAAUUAUUAUUAAUUAUUAUCUAUACUUACCUACUAACAAUCUAAUUGUAUAAUACUGUGUGAAGACAAUAUUAUAUUGUAUUUAAUUAUUGUAGGAUAAAUAGUACCCUCGAUAGUACCUAAUGCCAAUAAAUAUUAUAUUUUAUUUUAUGUACUCAGGGUAAUUAAAUUGUGUAUUACUUAAUAAAGUUAUAGUAUAUAAUAUUUAGGUACAAAUUAUAUUACAAACAUUGUAAGCAAAAUUAAAAAUUUGAAUAACCUAUGUACAUUGUACAUAGGAAUUUUGUAACACUAAAUUUAAGAAUUGUGGUGGAAUUUUAAGUUAUAAAUAUUGAUAAUAUUAUUGUUUAGUUUUUGUGAUUAUACUUAGUAGUAUUUAGUUAGGUUGGUUGUAUUAUUUUAUAUCCAUAAUAAUAAAUUUAUUUUGUGUCUCAAGAAUAAAAUUAGUAAUAACAUGUUGAAGAUUGUAUACAAUAUAUGCUUUAUAGCCAUGAAUAUUAUAAUAUAUCUACCUAAAAUAAAUUAAACUUACAAACAUAGUUUAAAGCACUGGAAUUCAUGAAAACCGCAUUUUUGGAAUUUUAUCGUUUCACUACAGGAAGCUACUGUAUUGAUUAAUCGAUUGUUAAAAUUUAAUUGGUUAUAACUUAUAAUAUCAUAAGUUAUUGUAAAUGUAUUGCAGAUUUGUACCGGUUCAGUAAUUACACUUUGGCUUAGGACUGGUCCAAAAUAGUUAUCGACUAUAUCUAUAAAUAUUUAAAGGUUAGUCAAAUUUUAAACAAUGUUAGUUGAUAUCAGCUAUGCGUCAGAAAUUCAUCUUGAGCCUCUGACAGAUUGAUUAUCGUUGUUGACGAAGUGUCCACUGUUGAUCAUAUAUUGAUCAUUCUAAUACUUGCACUCAAUUUCAAUACAAAUUGUAUUACAGAUUAUUCAGCAAUUCAAACAAUCGUCAAGAAUAAGUUAAAAGCUACGUUGCCUGUACUUCAUUAACAGAACAGUCAUUUUAGUUUGAGGUAGGACUAUAUUAAAUUAAAUUUAACUUUAGCCUUGUGUAAUAAUAUUAUUAACUAAUUAAAUUAAUAAUAAUAAAUUUAUACAUGUGUUUAUACAAUGUAAUUUUUAUUAUUUUAAAUAUUGUAUAUUAAGUAACAUGUAGACAUGAUCAUGUCAACAAAAUAUGGAAACCGUGAUAAUAAUUGAUAGUUUCCAUUUUCUAUUGACACAUCAAUUUGUAUUAUUUUAAUUUCAAUUAAGUUUCCAAUUUUUCUCAAAUAUUUAAUUAUUACUUAUUAUUGGGUAAGUAUAAAUAAGCAAAAUUACACUUUGAAGAAGGUCGUAACAGGCGCCAAGGCGUUAUGAGGUUAUUAAGUUAAAAAGUUCUUAAACUAAUAAAUAUAUUGUCUGUUUGUUUGUUUCAUUGUAAAGAUGGAAGCAGAAUUUGUGGUCAAGGAUACCUGUGGUUAUGAUUCAGAUGAGGUAAACUCAUCUACUAGAAGAAGUGUUGAAAUGGAGUUGGUAGCUUAUGAUUCAUCUCCUCGUUCAAAUGGAUCUAACCAUAGUACCCACAAUGAACAAAGUGUUGACACAACAAAUAAUAGAACUAAUUGGUAUAAAUCUGUAGAUUCAUUUCUGGAUACUGAAAAAGGUAAGGAAAAAAGCAGAAGUCAUGACCAUAGUUUAAAAAGUAGUAAACAUGAUAAAAGUUCAAGUAGACAUGGCAGUAGGCGACGUAGCAAGCAUAAAAAACACCAUAGAUCUAGAUCUAGAAGUAGAAGUAGAUCUAGAUCAAGAUCUAGGUCCCCUAAACGAAGGAGUAGAUAUUCUCCUGAUGAUCGUGACUCACAAACAAGCCAAUAUAGUAGUGACGAUGAACGACGUAAACGACGUUCUAGAACUCCUGAUAGCUCGGAAGGACCAAGAGUUAGAAACAUUUACUCUGAAUCAGCUACUUGUAGUACUCGGCGGCAUUAUAAUACUGUUGAUACAAGAAGACAUCAAGAUAGUUCUCAAGAAUAUUAUCGAGAAGAAGACUUUGAUAGAUAUACAUUUAAGAAACAAAUACCGAAUAAAACUAUUAUAGUCCGUGGUUUAGCUCCACAUAUUUCAGAAAAUGACAUAAGAAAAGAAAUAUUAAAAUGUGGUCUUACACCUGUUGAUAUACGUCUUAUUCGGAAAAAAGAUACUGGAUCUUCUCGAGGAUUUGCAUUUGUCGAGUUUUUUACUAAAGCAGAAGCUGAAACAUUAAUGGAAACCAAACAGGGUGAAAUGAUGCUUAGAGAUAACUUCAGAGCAAUUAUGCAAUAUACUAUUUCUACAAUUGAUCCUGAAAAAAUGUUGUCUGAUUGGUGGUGUAAAUGCAAUGCUCAUAAUUUCAAACGCAGAGAAAGCUGCUUUGUAUGUGGUGCCUCAAGAGAAUCGGGAGAAAUAUUUGAUCAUACAAAAGAAGUGAGUUCUUAUCCUACACAUACAGUUUUACUUCGAGGAUUAGAACUAUAUACUACUGAAGAAAAUGUUUUAAAAGCUAUUCAACCGCUAUCAACACUACCUAUUCGGAGUGUUCGUAUUGGACGAAAUCCUUUAACAAAUGUCUCUAAGGGUCUUUGUUACUUGGAAAUGAACAAUGUGGUCGAUGCUAUGUACCUGCAUAAUGCAUUAGUUGUGGAAGAUCCAUUGCUUAUUGAUAAUCAAGAAGUUCUUGUAUCUUAUUGUAAACUUGGACCAGUUGGACCAAUGGCUACUGCUUCUAUGGGCAAUGCUGCAGUUGAAGCAGCUAAAUGGAGCAAUCAGAAACCAGAAACUCCAAAUUAUACUAUUGCUGAUGUUCCCAGACUUGCAGAAUUUAGUGCAAAUUUAUAUGCUAAAACUCCCACUGAGCGAACUUCUUACAUACAAUAUUAUACUAAUUUUUAUACAGAGAAAAUACAAAAGGGUGAGACUAUUAAUGUGCCUUCAUUACAGUCUAUACAAUCCAUUUCAGCAGUCUAUGCACCUGUUGGUACAGUAGUAGCGUCACAAACUACACCAGCCUUCCCACUCCCUAUAGCUAAUAAAACUGAAUCUUUAAGUCAACCUCCGUCUGGGAAAGGAGAUACCACCUACUCACCACCCGAUUUAUCUACUUACCAAUAUGAUAAAGGAUCUGGUUAUUACUAUGAUCCAUACACUAAGCUUUAUUAUGACGCAAACUCACAGUAUUAUUUUAAUAGUUUUACAAACAGCUUUCUUUAUUGGGAUGCCACAAAAAAUACUUAUUUAUCAGCACCUUCCAAUGACAAAUCAAAUACUGAAACAAAUAAUUCUAACAAUGAAUCUAAAAAAGAGGAAACUCCAGUAGAAGAAAAAAAAGAUGAUGACAAAGUGAAAGUAGCAAAACGUAUUGCCAAAGAUAUGGAAAAGUGGGCAAAAACAUUGAAUCAGAAAAAAAUAACUGCUAAACAAAAUUUUGUAGCAUCUCAAGUUGCAAUACAAUCUGCAAAAACUCAAGCUGCAGCCGAUAUUGGAUAUUCUGUGAUGGGUACUAAGGCAGAACCUAAGAAACAGCAACCUCUAGUUGCUUCUACAUCUGAUGAUAAUAGUUACACAGAUGAAGUUAUGGAAGAAGCUAAUCGAAAUGAAGAUGAACAGCACACUGAUUGGGUCAAACUUGCUUGUCUAUUGUGCAAAAGACAAUUUAGUAGUAAAGAAGUUUUAAUAAAACAUCAACAGAUGUCUGAUUUACACAAACAAAAUAUAAGAAAUUGGUAUAACGAAAGAGGACUGGAUCCUGAUGAUGAAUCUAAACGAGUCAUUCAAUACAGGGACAGAGCAAAAGAAAGAAGAAUGAAAUAUAAUGAACCUGAUAAACCUUUAAACAACUUAAAAGACAAGUUUAUGAAGGCAAAAGAAGCAACUGUAGAUUACGAGCAACCAACUAAAUUGGGUAUUGGAUCUGAUAACAAAGGUAAUAAAUUGUUACAAAAAAUGGGAUGGCAAGAAGGUAUGGGAUUAGGUAAAACUAAUCAGGGGCGAACAACCAUAAUAGAAGCUGAAGGUAGAUUAGCAAAUGCUGGGCUCGGUACUAGGGCUGUUGGGGUAGUUCCUGGCCCCCGUGAGACAUACAAAGAUUGUGUGAAGAAAAUGAUGCGUUAUAGGUAUAAUGAAUCUGAAUAGUAUUUAAUAGGUCAAAACUUUAGAUUGGUAAGUAACAGUUUUUAUACAUGCAAAACAAUUCAAUUUCAUAGCAUCUCUAAUGUAUUUUAUUUCUUCAGAUUUAAAAGCAUAUAAUUUAACAUUUGGUUCCCCCCCCACCCCCACUCCAGAUUGAAAAUAAUUGUACUAUUGCAUUGAAAGACAUUAUUAUUAUUUUAACGUUAACAAUUGUAUGUACUAUGUAAUAUGUAUUUAAUGUUUCGAAUACAGUUGUAAUUUGAAAAUUAUCGUAUCAUUUACAUGUUAAUGUGUUCUUAUUGUAUCAAUAUAAGUAGUGUUAUCAAAGUUUAAAUCAACGAAUAACUUUAAGAUAAGUACAGUUUAAGUGUAAAUAUAUUAUUUAAAUAUCAUCAACUGUGUUAUUUAGAUCAUAAUAUAAAAGUCAUGAUAAUAAAUUAAAUUGUGUCCUUCGAAAUCUUUUGUUUAAACAUUUUUAACAUUUAUAAAUUUAUCCGUACAUUAGUUUAACUAUUCUUUAUUUUAUUUUGUGUAUAACCGAUUAUAAAUACAUCUGUUAGGUGCCUAAUAUGUAUGUUAAAUAAAAUAUUAAAUUAAUUGAAAUGAGAAAAAAUUAUAUUUAGUGGAAAUUUAAAAAAAAAAAAAAAAAAAAAAAGUGCUAUACACAAUUAUUGAUAACUCGUUGAAGACAUUAAAAUGAUAAUAUUAUGCCAUAUAUAGUAUAUUAUAUAAUUUUAGGACUUAUAUUUUCGAAUUAAUUUAAAAACUUGUAGGAUAUAUACAUAUGUUAUAUUAUUACACUGUUCUUUUACAUAAUCUUUUGUAAUUUAUAAUUUGAUAUAAUAGAAUGAAAAUAUUUUAUAUAGUAACUAUGAUUUAUUGUACUAAGUUUUAUAUCUUAUUUUGAACAAAUGUCACUCUUUAAUAGAAAUUAUUAUAUAUUUUUUUAUGCCUGAGUAGACAACUAUUACACUUAAAAAUUUGCUAUAAAUUUAUAAAUAUUUUUUUAAUUUCUAUAUUUAAAAUGCGUAUAUUUUAUAUAAUUGUAGUCCAAGUGACUAGACAUUUUGUUUAGAGUUUUUGAUUUCAUAUUAACUCUUAAUGAUUUAAUUUUAUCAUUCAU